GAAAACACCUGAAGAAGAAAACAUCAACUUACUAACCAAGGUCAAAAGUGCUGGGCAGGGUGUGUGACUCUGACUGGCUUUACUGUAUUAGGUACGAUGAAGGGGCUGCUCAUCUUUGCUGCGCUGUCUGUGGCCGUUAUCGGCAAGGAAACCUUUGAGGGGCACCAGGUGCUUCGUAUCACUGGGAAGGAUACAUUCCAGCACUCUCUCCUGAAGGAAAUGGCUGAGAUGGAACAUCUCCAGCUGGAUGUGUGGAUGGAGCCCACUGACCUCUCCACUCCUGUGGACAUCAGAGUUCCCUUCACCAGCCUGCAGACUGUCAAGGCCUUCCUGGAGACUGAAGACAUCCCGUACUCCGUUAUGAUCAAGGACCUGCAGGUUAUGUUGGACAAGGAGAAGGAGCAGAGGCUGAUUGCUGCACGAGCCGCUGAGCCCAGAACCACAGAUGACUACAACUACAGCAACUACCACAGCGGGGACGAGAUCUACAGUUUCCAGGACAUGCUGGUGGCUGAGAACCCCAACCUGGUCAGCAAGAUCGUGAUUGGUCAGAGCUAUGAGGGCCGCCCUCUGAAUGUGCUCAAAUUUAGCACUGGUGGCACCAACCGUCGUGGCAUCUGGAUUAACACUGGAAUCCACUCCAGAGAAUGGAUCACUCAGGCUAGUGGCACCUGGUUCGCCAAGAAGAUUGUGACUGACUACGGACGUGACGCCACACUCACUGCCAUUCUGGACAACAUGGAUAUCUUCCUGGAGAUUGUGACCAACCCAGAUGGCUACUACUACACCCACAAUACUAACCGUAUGUGGCGUAAGAGCAGGAAGCCCAACCCUGGCUCUUCCUGUGAUGGAACUGACCUCAACAGGAACUGGGAUGCUGGUUUUGGAACCGCCGGCUCUAGCAGUAACCCAUGCGAUCAGACUUACCGCGGGCCCAAGGCUCACUCGGAGUCUGAGGUCAAGUCCAUCGUGGACUUUGUCAAGUCUCAUGGCAACCUGAAGGCCUUCAUCGACAUCCACAGCUACUCCCAGAGGAUCAUGUACCCCUAUGGCUACACUGCAACCCCCUGCAAGGACCAGAGAGAACUGCACGACCUGGCUAGGAAGGCCAUCACUGACCUGGCUACCCUGUAUGGAACCUCCUACAGAUACGGCAGCGUUAUGACCACCAUAUACCGAGCCAGUGGCAUCACUAUUGACUGGUCCUACAACCAAGGCAUCAAAUACUCCUACACCUUCGAGCUGAGAGACACUGGUCGCUAUGGUUUCAUCCUGCCAGCCAAUCAGAUCCUUCCUACAGCCAAGGAGGCUUGGCUGGCUCUGAUGGCCAUCAUGGAGCACACCAAGGACAACACCAACUAGAGGGGUCACCAUGACAUCUACAAUUGUGUAUAUUUAUAUAUAUAUAUCUCUAUGAUACGAUCAUGUGAACGCCUGUGUAAAACAAAGUUAUGCUUGUCUGUACUGUUGUAGAUAUUCAGUAUCUAGCUCAAGCUGAUGAUACCAUGAAGUCCACAAGAGUGCACUAGAAAUCAUGUCAGUAAAAUGGACCAAUUAAUGAAUACGUGAGACCUUCGGUCUUCUGUUGUCUAGUUCAUUUAAUUCACGUUUUCAAACACUACGUGACAUAAAAAAGGCUCAACAAAAUGACCAGUUCGCAUCAGAAUAUACAUUGUGCGUUUUAUUUAAUAUAAAAAAACUAAACUGAGAUCAACCAGUUUAAUGGAUGGAGCGUAAUGGACAGAGCUAAUGUGUUUAUUGUCAGGAGUUGAAAUGACAGGCUUCUUGCAUCUGGUUCACACACACAAACAGGCCAGACUUCAGCCUCAGAAAGGUAUUGCACUCCUCAAAAGCCCACUUUUUACAGUAAAUGCACUUUUUAAAAAGACCCUGCAAUUUAUCUUCACCUCAAAAAUAGCCAACAAAGAAAAUACAACAAAGUUUACAACAUCAUAAAGGACAAAUACUGUUUCACAUUUUCACGUGAAUCGGACGUAUCAAGGUGCUCCUCUUGGGGUAACCAUGACUACCAUCCCAUAAUGCCCUCCUCCACCAUGAUGAUGCUUCAUCAUAGGCUGCAUGACAUAUGCCUUCACCAAAUCUUAUGAGAACACACACACAAACAUGUAGUGCUUCUGAGCCUCUCACUUCAUAUUACAUGUGGUCCUCUGUAGCUCAGCUGGUAGAGCACGGCGCUUGUAACGCCAGGGUAGUGGGUUCGAUUCCCGGGAC